ACGUAGUCAUUUAGUAAUAAUAUGAGUGGAGUAUAUGGAGUAUUGGUUUUAUAAACAAACUUGUAUUUUGUUCAAAAAUGUCUAAUGAAGUGCAAAUAUUGAAUUUAAUUGAUGAUAUUUUGAAAAUCGAUUCAAACGAAGAUGUCUUCCCUGGUGAAGAAAUUGACAAAACAGGCGCUUUUCAGAAGAAAAUUGGCAACCUCUUUGGUGGUCUAACCAACGAGCAGAAGGAGAAUACCCUUCGCCAGUAUUUGGUUAAAGCAGCUACCCAAACCAAUUUAAGCCAAUUAAAGCUUUUACUGGAUACAUUAUCAACUCUUGUGAAAGAAAAUAUACUUCCGGCACGAUUGCUUUGUGAGCAAAUCCUCAGCUGCGAGAAACUGGUAUUUCAGAAUCAAAACUUUUGGAUUGAGAGUCUUACUCUUCUCAAAUCAUCGAUCGCUUCAAAACGUGGAAGUGGAGGUGUUGACUACAAGGGAGUGCGCGAGAUUAUGCGAGGAUGUCGAGAAAAGGCUCAAACUUUCCCAAAAGCUCUCAACUCUAGUACUCUACCACAAAUGCUAGUUCUCGAAAGUAUUAUUGAAUACAUUUUCGAUCGAAAUGCAUGCCUCCUUCCAGCUUAUUUCAUUGCCAAUGAAAUCCAAAAGACCGAUUGUCCAGAACCUCAUUGGAAGAUGGCUAGACUUAUGGCAACUUUUGUGGAAGAAUUCCGGAAUACUGCCCAGAUGCUAACAAUAAUUGGUCAUUCGGCAAUGUUGCCUAUCGUUGAACACUUUGGAUAUGCUGAUCACUUGAUUAAUCCAUGGAGAUUAGACAGAAAUUCACUGAAAUUCAAUUUGAAAGGAAUUCUUCCUUAUGAUGCUGAAUUAUUGCAACCCCAAACUGGACUUCUUCGGUUUGUUCUUGAGCAGCCUUACAGCAAGGAUAUGGUGUGCUCAAUCCUCAACCUCCAGAAGCAGCAUAAACAGAGAUGCGUUGCACUGGAGGAACAACUGGUGUGGCUUGUUAUCUCAGCAAUGGAACGUUCUGAACAGGAAACUGCAUCUUCUGUGUUCCAGACACCAGAUGCUGGUCAAAGUGACGAAAAAAUGACUUCUGUUCAUUGGUUGUGGUUGCAUUUAUCAUCUCAGCUAAUUUACUUUGUACUCUUCCAAUUUGCCAACUUUCCUACAAUCGUCAUGGCUUUGCACGAUAAAUUGGCCGUAAGGACGGAACUGAGAAAGGGUCGAGAUCAUCUUAUGUGGGUGUUGCUGCAAUUCAUCUCGGGAAGUAUUCAGCGCAAUCCCUUGUCAAAUUUUUUGCCUGUACUUAAACUGUACGAUAUUCUAUAUCCUGAGAAGGAGCCCCUUGCUGUCCCAGACUUCAAUAAGCCAUAUUGUACUCGGCAAAUGGCUCCUACUUGCAUCUGGAUUCAUCUGCUCAAAAAAGCCCAGACAGAUCAAAUUAACAUUCAUAGACAGAUUCCGAAAGCCCUGAAAAAUCAUCAUGAAUUCCUACAGGAACUUGUUCAUCCAUCAAACACAUCAGUUUUAUCAAUGGGAUCAGAUUUUCGAAUUGCUUUGCUUUGCAAUGCCUACUCUACCAAUCAGGAUUAUUUUUCUCGACCAAUGGCUGCUCUUGUGGACACAAUCUUAGGCACUCAGAAAAGUAGCACAAGUUCUGGCGGGGGUGCAGGUCAGCAAGUUCCAACUGUUCCCCUUUCAAUGGUCAUUCUGGACAGUUUAACAGUGCACAGCAAAAUGUCCUUAAUCCAUAGCAUCGUAACACAUAUGAUGAAGCAUCCUCAGUCAAAGAAUGCUAUGCCAAAUGUGACUAAUAUGGCCCCAGCCUUAGUUGAAACAUAUUCAAGGCUCCUGGUAUAUACUGAAAUUGAGUCUUUGGGGAUUAAGGGCUUCCUAACUCAAUUGCUUCCAACAGUAUUCAAAUCUCAUGCUUGGGGGAUACUCUACACUCUGCUUGAGAUGUUUUCCUAUCGAAUGCACCACAUUCAGCCGCAUUAUCGUGUGCAACUACUCUCUCAUCUUCACUCAUUGGCUUCAGUUCCUCACACAAACCAGAUGCAACUGCAUCUUUGUGUCGAGUCGACAGCCCUCCGUCUAAUAACAGGGCUUGGAUCAGCAGAAGUCCAGCCUCAAAUUUCACGAUAUUUAUCUGAGCCUAAGACUCCGGCAUCUGUUGUAUCUGCUGAAAGUGAAGAACUUAACCGCGUAUUGAUUCUCACAAUAGCUCGAUCAAUGCACAUUACUGGAAUAGGAAAUGAUCCUUCAAGCAGUUGGUGCAGGGAGCUCCUAACUGGAAUAAUGCAAAAUACCCCACAUUCUUGGGCAUCACAUACACUUCAUUGUUUCCCUCCUGUAUUGAAUGAGUUUUUUACGCAGAACACAACUCCAAAAGAGAACAAGCAAAUGCUGAAGAAGGCUGUUGAGGAAGAUUACAGAAACUGGACAUCUAUGUCUAAUGAAAACGACAUUAUAGCUCAUUUUAGCGCAGCUGCAACUCCACCUCUAUUCCUUUGCCUACUUUUCAAGAUGAUUUAUGAGACAGAUGGUAUUAGUCCAGUUGCCUACAAGAUCCUCGAAAGGAUUGGUGCCCGAGGCUUAUCGGCUCAUUUGAGAAAGCUUAGUGACUACAUUGUAUUUGAGGUGCAAAACUCUAAUGUCGGAGCUCAUGUUAACAAAUGCGUAGACACCAUAAAUGAUAUGAUAUGGAAAUACAAUAUCGUCACGAUCGAUCGUCUAGUGCUUUGUCUAGCACUUCGAACUCAAGAAGGCAAUGAUGCACAAGUAAGCUUCUUUAUUGUGCAGCUGGUACUACUUAAGUCUACAGAUUUCCGCAACAGGAUGAGCGAGUUUGUUAAGGAAAAUUCGCCUGAGCAUUGGAAGCAGAGUAAUUGGCAUGAGAAGCAUUUGGCAUUUCACCAGAAAUAUCCAGAGAAAUUUGCUCCUGAUGAAUCAGUUACACAUCCACCACUUCCUGUUUAUUUUGGAAACGUUUGCUUACGUUUUCUACCCGUUUUGGAUAUUGUUAUCCAUCGUCUGCUGGAAAUAACUCCUGCAGGGAGCACAACUCAUUCUCCAACCCCAGUAAUCCUGGAUCAUCUGGGAUGCCUCUAUAAAUUUCAUGACCGUCCUGUUACUUAUCUUUACAACACUUUGCAUUACUAUGAACGUAAGCUGCGCGAUAAUCCAGCGAUGAAAAGAACAAUUGUGGGAGCUGUUAUUGGUUCACUGAAAGAUGUUCGUCCAGCAAAUUGGGCUCUCACAGAGCACUAUCAGUUGUAUCUGCAGAAAUCCGAAACUGAAGCUGCUCAGUGGAAGCCUGAGUUAACAUAUUACAUAAGCUUACUUCGACGGUUGAUAGAAACGAUUGACGGGAAGCACUUUUUCUAUUCAACUGAUUGGAGAUUCAAUGAAUUUCCCAAUCCAGCUGCUCAUGCUCUCUAUGUGACUUGCGUUGAGCUCCUGGCUCUACCAGUUGGACCGCAAAGAGUUGCAAAUAGCCUAAUGGAUGUAAUUUCCCGAGGAUAUACUGUUAUUCCACCAACACAAAUUCAUAAUUGGAUUAAUGCUUUUGGACUAGUGAUGUCUAAUCUACCGGAAUCUUAUUGGAAUGUUAUUUACGAUCGAUUGCGCGAUGUCCUACAAACUCAUCACAUGACUGAGUGGAAGUUGAGAUACUCUCCCUUCGAAAUGUUCAACUUUAAGACAACCCAACAUGCCAUGUUGGACAAGACAUAUGUGUUCAUGUUAGCAAUGGCUCAGUCGCUAUUUCACCAUUUUGGAAUUGGACAAAUUGCAACAAUGCCUGAAUAUAUGAAAGACAAGUUGAAACCAAUAAUUACAACAGAACACCAGUUGAUUUACAUUUGCCACUUGGUAGGACCUUUUCUGCAACGUUUAGAUUAUGAAAGACCACGCCAAGUAGCCGAGAUAACAGCUCUACUUUACGAAUUAGUGGAGAAAGUAGACAAGAGUCAGGGAUCCAGUCCAUUGCUUUAUAUGGAUUCCAUAUGCGAUCUACUAUAUCACAUUAAAUACAUGUUUGUGGGGGAUAAAAUGAAGACUGAGUUGGAAGCAAUAAUUCGCAGAUUGCGUCCAAGUUUGCAGAAGCGACUGAGAUUUAUUACGAGAAUGAAUGUUGAGGAAAUCGGUGUCGAGAAGACAGAAAACACUACCUCAAGUGCUCCAACUCAGACUACAUCAAUGUCAGGCCAGAUUUCAGCACAAAGUCAAAUGACUGGAAAUAUUGGGGUAGCCACACAGAGAAUUUAAAAAUAUAUACCUAUAAUAUUCACAAAAUAAAUUUUUUCCAAUAGAAAGCAUUUUUGUUUUACUAAUGCAUACGAUUUUUUUUUAAAUAUUUAGUACUAUUCAUUUUCAGAAAACCUCAGUUUAGUACUAUUCAUUUUCAGAAAACCUGGGCAUAUACGGACAGUCUUAUUUCUCAACACCGAAGUGGUCCUUCACGAUUACUGGGGCAAUGAUGAAUUUUGGCGGGCAAGACGUUCAAUGCGAUUCAAUGAAAAGCUCGUGGAAAAGGCUAAUGAGUUCCGCAUUGAGAACUUCAAUGCCACAGAUGAAUUGGAUGCCGUUCAGCGUCCAGAAAAAUGGGAGGAUGAACGGGAGUAUCGAAAUGCCGUCGGAGGUGACUAUAUAUGCGCACAUCUUCGUAGAGCGGACUUUCUCUAUGGCCGAGAACGUACAACCCCGACACUGAGAUCAGCUUCUGGUCAGAUAAAGCGUGUAGCAAAGAUGCUGGGUAUCGAUCAGAUCUUUCUUUCAAGCGAUUGUUCAAGAUCUGAACUGAUGGAUCUCUUGGCAUUCAUGAAGCGCUUAAGAGUAUAUAAAUAUCUUCCACCAACGAGAACUGAUGGAUUGAAUGCCCUAAAAGAUGGGUCAAUAGCAAUAAUAGACCAAAUAAUUUGCUCAAAUGCAAGAUAUUUCAUUGGGACUUACGAAAGCACUUUUACUUAUCGCAUUUAUGAGGAAAGGGAGAUUUUAGGAUUUCAACCGCGAACUACAUUUAAUACAUUUUGUAAAAACGAAGAUUUGACGGAAUGUGAAAAAAAUUCACAAUGGCCCAUCGUUUAUUAAUAAGUGAAUCCUUGUACCUUAAAAUAGUGUAAAAGAAUCUCAGCUAAAAAUAUUUAUGACCGUAAGUCUUGCAAUAUUUAAAAUUUUAAUAAUCAAAUUAUCAUACCAAUUUUACGGAUAGAAUUGGGCUGAGAUUGAAAAUGAAAUUUAUUUAUUCAUUUUGUAAAAAAGACAUUCGUGAAUAAAAAUAUGUUAAUUUUUGAAGCCUGCACGAAAGAUUUUAGAAAAUUUUUAAUCUUAAAAUCAAAUAAACCCUUAUAUCUUUCCAAUUUUUAAUAGAUUGACGACACCUAGCAAUUUUAUACAAUUAAAUUUGAAAUUAAGUUUUUUUCACUAUCAAGUGAAAAUAAUGAAAAAUGUCACGAAAAAUAUAAUAUUGAUUGUGAACUAGCAUUAAUUGGGCAUGCACAAUUUAUUUUGUUUUUGUACCAUUAUUUGCAAAACAACGUUGUAUCAGAUUUUUUUUUAAAACAAAUAUUUCAAAAUCAAAAUAAAUUGUAUGUUCCUUAUACUGCUAAAUAUUAGUAUUGUAUUAACAAUCAUGUAGUAAAUGUGCAUGUUGUGAAGUGAAAAUUACGGUGUAUAAAUCAAUAAAAGUGUAAAGUACCAUUUUAUAAAUCAGUCAAUUAAAUGUGAUAUUAUUUCACAAACUUAGUAAAAUAAAAGAGCGUCAAACCA